CUUAUGCCCGAAAAACCGCCUUCUCCUCCCCGCGUUUCUCUCUCUCUUCUCCCUCUCUCUAUUUUUCCUAAUCAAAUCAUUGAAAUAGCGGCGAGUUUCUUUCCUCUUUCUCUCUCUCUAGGGUUUUGAGAAAUCCGAUCGAAGUUCAGUUUGGUGGAGAAGUGAGAAAUCCAUUGCUGAUUUUUGAGCUGUGUUCGAUGCUUGACCCUCAUUGCUCGAUCUAGUGCUGUUUCUCAAUGUGUACACUGUCUCGGAAAUGUCGAAGCGCAGAUUAAAAUGAGCCAGGCCGAAGUUGCUAGGAUGAAGCCGAAGCCACCUCCUGUUCCGCUUGCGACUCUGAUCGGUCGCGAGCUCAGGAAUGAGAAGGUUGAGAAGCCUACACUUAAGUACGGACAGGCUGCUCUGGCAAAGAAAGGGGAAGAUUUAUUUCUGAUCAAACCGGAUUGCCAAAGGAUUCCAGGCAAUCCGUCAACAGCUUUUUCAGUUUUUGCGAUUUUUGAUGGGCAUAAUGGUAUAUCGGCGGCUAUAUUUACGAAGGAGAACUUAUUGAACAAUGUUAUAAGUGCAAUUCCCCAAGGAAUUGGUAGGGAGGAGUGGCUUCAAGCCCUUCCCCGGGCAUUAGUUGCGGGUUUUGUGAAAACUGACAUAGAAUUUCAGCAGAAAGGAGAGACAUCUGGGACGACAGUUACAUUUGUUGUGAUCGAUGGGUGGACUGUGACAGUUGCAUCUGUUGGGGAUUCUCGAUGCAUAUUAGAUACGCAGGGGGGUGUGGUUUCUCUGUUAACAGUUGAUCACAGGCUAGAAGAGAAUGCAGAAGAGAGGGAGCGUGUCACUGCAAGUGGGGGUGAAGUAGGAAGGCUCAAUGUCUUUGGGGGCAAUGAGGUUGGUCCUCUCCGCUGCUGGCCUGGUGGGUUGUGCCUUUCUAGGUCAAUCGGUGACACAGAUGUGGGGGAAUUCAUAGUCCCAAUACCACAUGUUAAGCAAGUGAAGCUAUCAAAUGGUGGGGGAAGACUUAUAAUUGCUUCUGAUGGUAUAUGGGAUGCUCUAUCUUCUGAUACGGCUGCACAAUCUUGCCGGGGUUUGCCAGCCGAACUAGCUGCAAAGCUGGUUGUUAAGGAAGCUCUCAGGUCAAGAGGCCUGAAGGAUGAUACAACCUGCCUAGUUGUUGAUAUUAUUCCAUUUGAUCACCCAGUUUUGCCACCAACACCUAGGAAGAAACCACCUCUGUUCAGUUCAAUUAUGUUUGGGAAGAGAUCUCAUAAUGCUAUGAACAAAGCAACAAAGCUUUCUGCUGUUGGGGUUGUGGAGGAAUUGUUCGAAGAGGGUUCAGCAAUGCUUGCAGAAAGGCUGGGUAAGGAUAUUCCUUUGAACUCAAACACUGGGAUUUUCAGAUGCGCAGUUUGCCAAGUGGAUCAACCACCAAGUGAUGGUUUAUCUGUUAACUCUGGGCCCUUUUUCUCACCUGCAUCAAAUCCAUGGGAAGGCCCCUUCCUGUGCACAACCUGCCGUAAAAAGAAAGAUGCUAUGGAAGGAAAGAGAUCGAAUACACCUGCUGCAUUGACUGCAUAAUCUGGUAACAUGGUAAAUAUUACUAUAUUUUUUUCUGGCAGUGUGAGCAUGCUGGUUUUGUUUGCGGUGGUUAUUGUUCAGGUGUGUGUAAGAAACGAAGUAGGGAUAUGGAGAGUUGUAGGUGUUUUGGAUAUUGGUGCAAGUUUUUGUUAAUUCUGGUUUAUGCUCGGCUGUUGGACUGACUGACAAAGAACGGACAUGUUGUCUGAUACAUAUGAUUGUGGUAGUUUGAUUCCUAACAGCUUGAAUAUGUAAGUAGAAAUGUUGAUUGAAAAAUGAUGGGUUUGCAGUAUUAUCUUUCUA